CAUUCAUGCAACCACUCUCCCCAAAAACCCACCUCUCUCUCUCUCUUUCUAGACUUUCUAAUCUAAUCCUACCCAUUUUCUAACCCUCUUAUUAAACUUUAAUUAUUUCCUUUCUCUAUUAUCAUAAUUAUGAUGCCUCUCAAAUAAUUAUAAGGGAAACACAAAACAAACCCAUUUCACAUAAUCAUUCCCUCUCCCUUCCUCACUCACCCCAUUACCAACAAGAAAAAGAAAAAGAAAAAGAAAUAAAGAAAGAAACAAUAAAGAAAAUGUUUUAUUCUCAUUUCUCUCUCAUGAAAGACAAAAUAGUGAGUUUCUAGAGUGAGAGAAAUCCGUUAUAUUUUUUCCCCUUAUAUUCAAAAAACACACUCAUUGCUUACACAUUAUAGUACUCCUCUUCCCGCCCAAGAGGCCCAAAAACAAACAAAGAGAAAAAGAUUGGACUAAUGAGGAAGAUUAAGCUACCUUAUCAUCAUCAUCGCAUUCGCAUGGCCAUCUUCUCUUCAUUCUCACCAUAUUUUCUCACUCUCUUCUUUGCUCAACUCGUUCUUUCUUCUCCGUCUCCGACCAACAACAACAAUGACACCGAUUCCCUCACAAGCUUUCGUCUCCAGACCGACACCCACGGUGGUCUCCUCUCCAACUGGACAGGCCCAGAUGCCUGCGCUGCCGCCUGGACCGGGGUACGAUGCUCUCCGACCGGCAGAGUCUUCUCUCUCUCCCUCCCUUCACUUAAUCUUCGAGGCCCUCUUGACCAUCUCUCUUCACUCGACCAACUCCGGCUCCUUGACCUCCACGACAAUAGGUUAAACGGCACCAUUACGCCUCUUACUAAUUGCACAAACCUCAAACUCGUUUACCUCGCCGGAAAUGACCUUUCCGGCGAAAUCCCACCUGGGAUUUCGUCGCUCCGGAGACUUCUCCGUCUUGACCUCUCUGACAACAACAUCCGCGGCGUUAUUCCCGAGGGUCUUUCUCAUUUGACACGGCUCCUCACUCUUCGACUACAGGAUAAUAUGCUCUCUGGUAAGGUUCCUAAUCUAUCUGCUUCGCUUCUCAACCUUAAAGAACUCAACUUGACAAACAACGAGCUUUACGGAAGGUUUCCCGACCAGAUGUUGAAGAAGUUCGGUGAAGAAAGUGUUUCAGGUAACGAAGGGCUAUGUGGGUCGAACCCAUUACCGGUUUGUUCAUUUACAGAGAAUCCAUCUUCUCCGGUCCCGUCUGAUCAGACCGUACAGUCGAAUCCGAGCUCGUUACCUCGAACAACCGUUAAUGACGAACCAAAGAAGGAAUCAAGAAAAGGGUUGAGCCCUGGCGCUGUAGUGGCGAUAGUGAUAGCCAAUAGCGUAGCUUUGUUGGUGAUAAUAUCGUUCGUCGUGGCUCACUAUUGCGCCAAAGAGAGAAACUCGAGUUCCAUGGCCGGUAGUGAAAGUGGGAAGAGGAGAAAAAGUUCAAGCAGCUAUGGCUCUGAGAAGAAGGUCUACGCAAAUGGUGGUGCUGAUAGUGAUGGUACUACUGGUACGGAUCGAAGCAAGCUUGUAUUUUUUGACCGAAAGAAACAAUUCGAGCUUGAGGAUUUGCUCCGAGCUUCGGCGGAGAUGUUGGGGAAAGGGAGCUUGGGAACUGUUUAUAGGGCGGUUUUAGACGAUGGGUGUACGGUUGCUGUUAAGAGGCUUAAGGAUGCAAACCCAUGUGGGAGGAAAGAGUUCGAGCAAUAUAUGGAUGUUAUUGGAAAGCUUAAACACCCAAAUGUGGUCAAAUUAAGAGCUUACUACUAUGCCAAAGAGGAAAAGCUUCUGGUCUAUGAUUACCAACCUAAUGGGAGCUUGCACCAUCUUCUUCACGGGAACAGAGGUCCGGGAAGGAUUCCAUUGGAUUGGACUACAAGGAUCAGCUUAGUGUUAGGAGCAGCUAGGGGGCUUGCUCGGAUCCACGAAGAGUAUGGGUCUGCAAAAAUACCUCACGGCAAUGUUAAAUCGUCGAAUGUAUUACUAGACAAAAACGGCGUAGCUUGCAUAUCCGAUUUCGGGUUGUCUCUGCUUCUUAACCCAGUUCAUGCCAUAGCUAGAUUGGGAGGUUACAGAGCUCCAGAACAAGCUGAGGUCAAGAGGCUAUCUCAGAAAGCUGAUGUGUACAGCUUUGGUGUUUUGCUUUUGGAAGUUCUUACCGGAAGAGCUCCUUCUCAGUACCCUUCUCCGGCGAGUACUCGGCCUAAUCGCGUUGAGGAUGAAGAACAGGCUUUGGACCUCCCGAAAUGGGUUCGAUCAGUUGUCAAGGAAGAGUGGACAGGUGAAGUAUUCGAUCAAGAGCUUCUGAGGUACAAAAACAUAGAGGAAGAGCUUGUAUCAAUGCUUCAUGUGGGGUUAGCUUGUGUGGUUCCACAACCUGAGAAGAGGCCUUCAAUGGCGGAAGUGGCUAAGAUGAUUGAAGAUAUCAGAGUGGAACAGUCACCUCUGGGUGAAGACUAUGAUGAGUCAAGAAAUUCUCUUUCACCAUCUCUGGCUACCACUGAAGAUGGACUUGGUCUUGGGCUGCCUUGAUUGUGUCCAUUGGUAAUGGUUCUUUGGUUGGUUGUUUCAAUCUACUUCCUCUCUUUCAUUUGCAUUAUCUCGUUGCGAAAUUGGUCUCUUUUCAGAAAAAUCUAUGGAUGUCUAGUAAUGAUCUGUGUAAUAAUCUAUUGUUUUUUUCUUCUUCUUAGGUUUCCAUUUAUGUAAUGUAGCUUCGUUCAUUAUAUAAUAUUAUUUCAUAACUCAUUUUCAAUCAAA